AAGUGAUAUAUGCAGCUAGUAAAGCUUUCCUCAUGUUGUGAAGUAGGGGAAGCUCACGUGUAGCGGUAGAUGAGAAGUGGCGUGCGGGCUGAAGUACAGGGUUCAACAUGAAGGAACAAUUCAGGGAGACUGAUGUGGCUAAGAAGAUAAGCCACAUUUGUUUUGGAGUAAAGUCUGCAGAGCAGAUGAGGCAGCAGGCACACAUUCAGGUGGUAAGCAAGAGCCUGUACAGCCAAGACAACAGCCGUACUCCUUUGUCUUAUGGAGUACUGGAUCAUCGCAUGGGUACAAGUGAGAAGGACCGACCCUGCCUGACUUGUGGGAAGAACUUGGCAGACUGUUUAGGUCACUAUGGUUACCUUGAUUUGGAGUUACCUUGCUUCCAUGUAGGAUACUUUAAAGCGGUUAUUGGAAUUUUACAGAUGAUCUGUAAAACUUGUUCCCACAUUAUGCUGACAGCAGAAGAGAGGAAACAGUUUUUGGACUUCCUAAAGAAGCCAGGUCUCACUUACCUGCAGAAGAGGAGCUUAAAGAAGAAAAUUUCUGAUAAAUGUCGCAAGAAGACAAUUUGUCUGCAUUGCGGUGCCUUUAAUGGUCCAGUAAAGAAGUGUGGCUUACUUAAAAUUAUUCAUGAAAAAUACAAGACCACCAAAAAAGUUAUAGACCCUCUGGUGUCCCAGUUCCUACAGUCCUUUGAUACUGCAAUCGAGCACAACAAAGAAGUGGAAGCUUUGUUAGUGCGUGCACAGGAAAAUCUAAACCCGCUUGUGGCGCUUCAUAUUUUGAGACGUAUCCCAGAUGAAGACGUUCCUCUGUUACUUAUGAACCCAGAAGCUGCUAAGCCAUGUGACCUUCUUCUCACAAGGCUGCUGGUUCCUCCACUCUGUAUCCGACCCUCUGUUAUCAGUGACCUGAAAUCUGGAACUAAUGAAGAUGAUCUCACAAUGAAGUUGACAGAAAUCAUAUUUUUAAAUGAUGUUAUCAAGAAGCAUAGAAUCUCAGGAGCGAAAACCCAGAUGAUUAUUGAAGACUGGGAUUUUCUACAGCUGCAGUGUGCUUUGUACAUCAAUAGUGAACUGUCUGGCAUUCCCAUGAAUAUGGCUCCCAAAAAAUGGACACGUGGCUUUGUUCAAAGGCUAAAGGGAAAACAAGGUCGGUUCAGAGGAAACCUUUCUGGUAAAAGAGUAGAUUUCUCUGGCCGUACUGUCAUUUCCCCAGACCCAAAUCUGCGUAUAGAUGAGGUGGCGGUUCCUGUUCAUGUGGCAAAAAUUUUGACUUUUCCUGAAAAGGUUAACAGCGCAAAUAUUAAUUUUAUGCGGAAACUUGUCCAAAGUGGACCAGAUGUUCAUCCAGGAGCCAACUUUAUUCAGCAAAGACAUACCCAGAUGAAAAGGUUUCUAAAAUAUGGUAACCGAGAGAAGAUUGCUCAGGAGCUAAGAUUUGGAGACAUCGUGGAAAGGCACCUCAUAGAUGGAGAUAUUGUUCUAUUUAAUCGGCAGCCAUCGCUGCACAAGCUCAGCAUCAUGGCUCAUAUAGCCAGGGUUAAACCGCACAGAACUUUCCGCUUCAAUGAAUGUGUCUGCACACCCUACAAUGCUGAUUUUGAUGGUGAUGAAAUGAAUCUACAUCUUCCCCAGACUGAAGAAGCCAAGGCAGAGGCUUAUGUAUUGAUGGGG